AUGCGCUUCACAUCACAUCUUCUGCUUACCGCCAGUGCUUCUUUAUCCGUAGCCCUUCCUUCGGGAUUGCCAUCGCAAGGAUUUGACUGGGAUUCUAUUCAGCUCGCCUUCGGUGACUCAUAUACAUACGUCCAGGGAACAGAAGGGCAUCAGAACUAUAGUUUCAUAGGGGAUCAACUGAAUCUCGAAUACGAUGCUCAGACUUUGCUGACCAACAGGAUUGUGCAGAAUCAGACCGCGACUGCAGAAGGCGGCCCGAACUGGGUUGAGUACCUAACAGGUUGUGGCUUAGAAGAAAGGCUAACUUCCCCGUUAAGCUGUACCAGACAGCUGUGGGAUUUUGCUUUCGCCGGGGCAGAUAUCUCCGUGGAACACACCCCUUUGCACCAUAACUUCACCGUUUCACUUGUCAACCAGGUCGCACAAUACAGAGCAUACGGUCACCCUGUUCUCAAGGACGUAGUGGAGCCUUCAAAGGCGCUGGUUGCCAUUUGGAUCGGCAUCAACGAUAUCAAUGACAGCGCUAAAUAUGCCGUCCAUUUCCCCACGUUCUACAAUGAGCUUAUGGAUACCCUUUUCGUUUCUGUCCGAGUUCUUUAUUCCUUAGGAUAUCGCUCGUACCUUUUUAUGAACCUUCCACCUUUAGACAGAACACCAAGCAACCAGAAGACGGCCAGUCCAAGUCCCAAUGCGACCCAGGUUGCGUGGUUCAACGAGGCACUAGCACAACAUGCAGGAAGCUUCGACAAACAGUACUCUGAUACCAAUGUGCAGCUUUUCGAUGCUCAUUCGAUUCUAAACGAUAUGAUGGACCAGCCAGCACGGCAUGGGAUUACGAACACGACUAGCUUCUGCCCUGGCUACGAUCAGCCAGAUAUAGGAUGGAACUAUCGAGCUUAUGGCUGCCCAACGCCCCUAGACACAUAUUUUUGGUUUAAUUCUGGGCACUUGACUAGCCAUGUGCACAAGUUACUCGCCAAAGCUCUGGAACACACAUUGAAAUAA